AUGUCAGAAGACGGCAUGAACCUCGCACAGCGCCCGCCAUACGUCACCGUCGACUUCAAGGCCCUCGCGAAGAGCGAUAAAGACUUCAAACAACUAUGGCAGCGCACGUCGGGUAAACUAGAUUUCCAAGACCCCAGUACUACCCAGGCCCUCUCCAAAGCGAUUCUAAGAGUAGACUUCGGUCUUGAACUUGACGUGCCAGAUGAUCGCCUGUGUCCGCCAAUCCCAAAUCGCUGGAACUAUGUAGCCUGGCUGCAAGGUCUAAUCGACUCCACAUCGCCAGACUACUCCAGCAGAUAUGAUCCAAAUCGCCAGGUUCAGGGCUUGGAUAUUGGUACUGGAGCAUCCGCCAUCUAUACCUUGCUGUGCCUAAGAUCACGUCCAAACUGGUCAAUGUGCGCUACAGACAUAGACAAGAAGAGCUUUGACUCCGCAGCCCGCAACCUUGCUCUCAACAAUCUCAUGACGCGUACCAAGUUGCUCCAAACCACGGAGCUAAACCCUCUUAUCCCUCUCGCAGCCCUCGGGGUUGAUCGUCUUGACUUUACCAUCUGCAAUCCACCCUUCUUCAACGAUGUGUCCGAUAUGCAGUCCAGCUUGAAGGGUGAGGGAAAGAGCUGGAAGCCCAACGCCGUAUGCACAGGCUCAGAGAACGAAAUGGUAUGUCUCGGUGGGGAUCUUGGCUUCGUGACGAAGAUUGUCAAUGAGAGUCUUGUCCUCAGGGAAAAGGUGCAGUGGUAUACUAGCAUGUUCGGCAAGAUGGAAAGCGCAAAGGCCAUUAUAAACCUCUUGAAGAAGCACGGCAUCACAAAUUGGGCGGUUGGUGAUAUCGAUGUUGGGUCUGGCACCAAGCGAUGGAUUGUCGCGUGGAGCUUUGGAGAUCUCAGGCCAAGAAAUAGCCACGCACGAAUAGAAAAGAUGGCUAAUGAGUUCCUACCGUUCCCGACAUCAUAUCCCAUCGCACUACCACCUUCAGUCGAGCCGCAGACAGCCAAAGACGCCAUCAACGCCCAGCUCUCAUCGCUCGAUCUGAACUGGACGUGGGACGCUGUUACUUCGACCGGCAUCGGCGAAGCUAGUCAGAACGUGUGGAGUCGCUCAUAUCGCCGCGCAUACGAGCGUAAGCAACGAGAAGGUCUUGUAGACAUGAAGCAAGAUCGAAAGAUUGAGCUGGCAUUUCGUAUCCGAGUCGUGGACUUGGCGCGUGAGGUAGUCGUGGAGUGGUUAAGAGGCACGGAUCAGGUGUUGUGGGAGAGCUUGUGUGGGCUCAUACACCGACAUUUCAAGAAAACUUGA